CCGCCUGUGUUUGCUCAGACUGGCUUGAGUGGGGACUCAGGAAUCUGGCUCGCUGGGCAGCAGAGAUCACUAACUUGCUCCGCUGCCCUCCAUGCAGCUUGUUAGCUCUCUACUCUUUCCAGCGGGCGGCUGGUUAGCGUGGGACCCAGACCACUGGGGCCACCAUGGAAGCUGCGGACAAACCCACCUGGGGCCCACCAAUUCAGCCCAAAGAUGCUCGCUUGUUGUGACUGAGAGAGCAGAGCUGAAAUAUCAGGAGGCUGAGUGAGCUCUCCACCAAUCAAAUCACUCCCCAGCACUCAACACAUGGAACGCUGCGUCCCUCCACUUCUCACCUGGACUCCGUCUGAUGAGGUGCUGAGCUGACUCUGGAGCUGGUGUCUGCGGCCGUUUCUCUUCAUUUUUAGAGGCCUGAUCUCCUGGAGAUGGCAGACCUGACUCACAGAUACCAUGGCAACUUUCCACCCAGGCGAGCCACCCUGUAUCCACGGGGAGAGGGGGGCCUGGCCCGGCAGACGCCGGAGACUGUGUCACCCGAGACCGGUCCAGAUAUGGCAGCCGUAGCGGAGGUGGGAGCCCUGUCAACAGACCAGAUGAGGGGUUUUGGACCCUGUGAGAUGGAGGAGCCAAACUGCCCCGAAAAGAGCAUGAAUCCAACAUCCCGGGGAUGGGAAAAGCCUCCUGACAGAAGUGUAAAAGGUCUAUUGAGGACAAUCAGGAUUCACCCAGAAGCCCAGAGGAUUCUGGGUAAAUCCUCCAUAGCAGUGGUGACCCUGGAGCGUCUGAACUUCCAGUCAGUGAGCUUGUGGUCUCUGCAGCCUGUGGUGUCUCUGCAGAGGCUGCCAGUUCAGGCUCAUGCCGAGCCACUCAUGGAGGAAACAACGACCUCUCCUGAACAGCCUGUCGAGCAGAAUGGGUUCAGUCAGGAAGAAGCAGAGAUGUUUGAGAUCAGUGAAACAUCCACUGAGUCAGACCAUCUGAGUCAAGCAGAAACCGCAGCAGCAUCCUGGACUGAACCGGUCUGCUCAGACUCCGCCUCCUCUGAAGAACCCGAGCAAGACUCAGGCUUUGACUGCGACUCUAAUCCAGACCUGCCAUUUAUCCUGUUUGACUCUGGCUCUGAUGGGGGAGAAAGUGACUCAGAAACGUUUUACUUGGAUCCGGAUGCUAAGCAGGCUGUGGUGAUGGAGCUGGAGCCGCAGACACAAGAGGCUCCAGACACACGCCUGCAACUGGAGGAUGAAGCUGAAGGCAAAUGUGAAGCUGAUGGAGUGGAGGUGGAGCAUGGGGAGGAGCAGAAACCCGAGCUCUGCUGUGCCUUUGAGCUGCAGCUGGAGGCUGCAGGAGGAGCUGUGGAGAGUGAGGAUUUCUGUGCAGUUUGUCUAAAUGGAGGAGAGCUUCUGUGCUGCGACCGCUGCCCCAAAGUCUUCCACGUGUCCUGCCACAUCCCGCCGCUCACCAGCUUCCCUCUAGGAGACUGGGUGUGCACGCUGUGCAGAACUGACCAGGAGCCCAUGGAGACCUGUGGCUGUGAGGACACCCCCUCCUCCACCCAAGUCAGAGCGCCUUACACACUGUCCGAGCACAACCAGAGGAGGUGUGAAAAGUUGUGUCUGCUGCUGUACUGUCAUGAGCUCAGCGCCCCGUUCCAUGAGCCCGUCAGCCCUCUGGCUCAGAACUACUACCAGAUCAUCAAGAGACCUAUCGACCUGUCAGUGAUACGAAGGAAACUGGACAAGAGCAACACUCUUCAUUACUUCACACCAGAGCAGUUUGUUGACGACGUUCUGCUCAUGUUCAAGAACUGUGCCACUUUUAAUUAUCCAGACUCCGAGGUGGCCCAGGCCGGUCGAAGCCUGGAGGAGUUUUUCCUCAUCAAGCUAAAGGAGGUUUUUCCAGACCAGACGUUUCCAUCAGCCGCUCAGGACCGGACGGACAGAGCUCGCCUCCACUGGCUCAGCAGGAAGAGGAGAGAAAACUACAGGAGGAAGAGACAUGUCUUUAGUGGCAAAAAGUACUACCUUUAAUCUUCAUAAGUGAAAGAGCUUGAACAGAAUUUAGGAAGUUUGUUCUGAUGCUUCUUACCUAAUAAAACCCCAGUGACUUCACCUCAAAUAAGGAGAAUAUCCUCUCUACCUUUUCACUAUUUCUGAAAAUAUGAACAAAAAACAUGUAUUGUUAAAGAGAAGUUGCCUUUUUGACUUUUUAAAAUAUUUGCUUUCCUUUUGCCAACAUUUUAUUGUAACUCUCAAUGAAGCUGAUAAUAAUUAAUACAAUCAAGCACCACCAGAGGGCGUAAUAGACUCCAGUAAAAUCAAACUGCACUAAUGGAGCAUUAAUUUGUUUUCAGGGGGGGUUCUCUUAAUUUGCAUUGUAAUGUUUAGUGCUGGGGGGUAUGGAAAAAAUUGUAUAUCCAGAUAUAAAUUACUUUACAUCAUAUUAACAAUAUAUAUUAAUGAUAAAUAUACCAAAUAAAGUAUAUUUUCAGUUAUUCUCUGGAAAAAAUGACAAAAAUGUCAUUACGUUUGACUUUAUUUUUUCAAGCAACAUGUAAUUGAAUCGUCACAAAUAAAAACAUUUCUUAAACAGUUCAGCAAAAAAAAUAAACAAAAACAAUAGAAAGUAUACAAGAGAAAUGGCACGAUAUACACUUUUUUUCAUAAACUUUAUUGAACGUUCUUUUAAUUUACCAAUGUUCACAUUUACAUACAAUUUUGUAUUUUUUUUUUAUUAAUUGGUUACGGAAAACACUACAAGUACAGUGCAACUGGCACAUCAACACAAAACAUUAACAAACCAAGCGUUACAGUAUGUGCAAACUCCAAAAAGUAAAACAGUUCUUUUAAAAUAUUAAAUGUUCUUGAAGCCUUCAGAUUUUUGCAUGUGUUCUAUAGUUUGAUAUGUUUUAGGUCCAGAUAAAAUAAAUUAAAAUGGGGUUGUGAAUUUGACCAUUCGUGCAUGAUUUACACUUUUAUCGCCCGCAUGGUCUGUAUCAUAUCACCCAGCACUAGUGUUGUUGUUGUAUGUUUGUGAUGUUGUGAACAGAACAGAACUUUGACUUCUGCUUAGAGAAAAUGCUGUCAGAAUUCAUGAAAACUUUAUUAUUGUAUUUAAAAAGAAUACAAAACUGCUGAAACACAGAAGUCAGAGUUAUUCUUUAAAAAGAAUGCGGUUCAAAUGAGCCUAAAUACCGAUGUGAUACUUACCGCAUUUCUCAGGUCAGCUGGAUGAGGACACGUUCACCGCGUUGGAGCAUUUUCAAUCUCUGGACUAUAAGCUCAAGAGAAGUUUUAAUCAGAGUUGAACUAAUUCUUACCUGAUAUUGACUUCCAGGAGCUGAAAAGCUUUUGGUUAUCCUUGAUCCAUCAGAUAUUCUCCUUAGGCUUUGGACUGA